UCGAGCGUUCGCGUCGCCGAACGGUUCGGUUUCGCGCGGCUCCCUCGCUCGUCUUGAUUUGGCUUGUCGUGUCAUUUCUUCUGUUGACGAUUAGCCGAUCGACGUUGAUCCGGCAGACAGGAGAGACGUUACAUGCAUACGCACGUGUGCUUUUCCAUUUACCUAUCUGCCUGCCCGCCUAUUAUUGCGGCCUGUCCGGAGUACCCUUUCUUCGGCUCAUCGCGCGAAUUUUGUUCGUUUUUUCACCCUUCGGAUCGCGGGGAAUCACUUGAGGUCGCGGUCGCGUGUCGCGAUUGAUCGCGAUAGAGCGCCGUAUAUACGCUACGUCUUUUUAUUUAUUUGCUCGAUAAUCGGCGAGACGAAGAUCGUCAUCGCGAUAUGAGUAUGAGACGUACGGCCACUGCCAGUAAUGACAGCUGUCAGAUGGAUGUUGAGGCACCGCCGCCAAGUGAUAGGACGUCGCGUGGAUAUCGAGCGUUAAUUGAAAUAUCACCCUCAUGCUUGGCAGCAGUUUUCUUGGAACCACUUUAAAGUCUCUACAAGCAUGGGUUCAAGCCGAAGAUCCGGCUCCGGUGGGAGUCGGCCAAACGCCGGCGUUCUCAAGGAGCGUGCCAACAUGUCGUUCAUGCUGGUUGUCAUGUUCUUCGCCGUAUUUGGUUUGAUCGUCCUUACGGAGAUAUUCCUGAUCGACGAGAGGCGCGGCGUGAGCGUCGGCGGCACCGGCGUACUCGGGGGUCACAGGAGCGGUCAUCGAUUGCCGGCUGCGCCCGAUCGUCCGGAUUACGGCGAAGUGGGAGCCGAAGAUUACGCAGGUUUGAAAGGUAGCUUUGACGAGCAUGUGGGAUUGUUGGUUCGCGGAGAGGAUGCAGGUCAGAAGACAGUAAUACACCCGGAUCCACGUGGCUUACCGAGCCUACCGCCCAGCUUGGAGGCCCGUUUACCGCAGUUGGAUCAGAAUCUAAAGGUUACGCAUGCAGAAUGGUUGCCAGUCACCAAUACUAGAUUUAAAUUCUUCGUUUACUCGGCGUAUUUCGACGACAGAGUUAGCGGUUCAGGCACGCCGGCGAGUAAAAGUCAAGGUGUAAUACGCGUAAUCAGCGCUACUAAAACCAGAAGCCCCGAGCGCGUUUGGUGUAGGCUCUGGUAUAGGCAAAACGGCGGAAACAUCACUGCCUCAGUAACGGUAGCUGCGAAAGUUAAGGUAAUCCGUGAAAAUUGGAAUCUCAAAUACAGUGCCUGCUUCGUGAUAUGUCCCUUGCCCAAAGAAUCUCCGACGAUGGAUAAGGUGCCAGAAGCGGUUAGUGUUGUAGCGAGAUUGCGAGCUGUCCCGACGAAUCGUAUUCUCAUUCAGAAUCGUCUCGAGAGCAGAAUGAACGACAAAGAUGCUUUGGCUGUCUGCGUUAAACCUUUACACUAUUAUUACAAUAGAGUUUUGCAAUUGGUGGAGUUUAUCGAAUUGCACAGACUCUUGGGCGCUACUCAUGUCACUCUAUAUAAUGACACUGUAGGCCCGGCAGCUGGUUGUGCGCUGAAAUAUUAUGAGAGCAAGGAUCUGGUUACAGUAUUACCGUGGCAUCAUCUUGACAUGAUUUCCCAACGAGAGAUUCGUACGGAAGGCCUCUUUGCAGCGCUUAAUGACUGUCUCUAUCGAUCUAUGUACAAAUAUGAAUAUGUGGCCCUUGUAGAUCUCGAUGAGUAUAUCAUACCGAGGCAUAAUGACACCAUAAUCGAUUUGCUACGGUGGAUGGGAAAUCGAAUCAAUGUCAAGUCCACAGGUGCAUUUUCCUUUCAAAACGCCUUCUUUUAUCUGCAAUGGGCCGAUGACCCAUUUGUAGUAACUAGCCGCACACCCACCGAAGCUGGUUUAAUCACUCUGAAGAAAACGCGACGCAGGACCAAGUUGCAUCCGCACAAGCAACGUUCUAAGUACAUUUGCAAGCCGCAAGACGUAGUCGAGGCGGGUAAUCAUUUUGUAUGGGAGUUUAUCCCAGGUCAUGGAACUCUGAACGUGCCAUCCGAUGCUGCUAUAUUGCAUCAUUAUCGUGUUUGCGAGUUCGGCGGUGACGAUUGCAUCAAAACGCAGUCGACGAUUGAUAGAACGGCCUAUAAGUACAGAGAUCGACUCGCUGCGAAUGUUGACAAGACAUGGAUGGAGCUGCGUGCCGAAUGCUCGCUCCCGGAACUCGAUCCGGUCCCAGUAUUGACGCCUCGAAUUAAACUCAGCCCACUUGGUAAAUCGAUCAGGUAGCGAAAGACUAUCGUCGAAAUCCUAUGGGAUAUUGGCAAUUUCACCGGUACACCAAAAGUUGCGAGGACCUAUUUCUAUAACUAUGGCGGUCCUUAGUUUUCUUAAAGAAAAAAAGCUAAGCGGACUCCUGCCCUUUUUUUACAAAAUUGUCGAUGGACUGUUUUUAAAUUUGUGAAAUGGAGGAAUACGGGAGAUUUAUCGAAAUUAUUGCGAAACAAAAGAAAAAGAACGAAAAGAAAAGAAACGCUUUAAUCGAGACAUGGAUUAAUCAUAUUUUUCUACAUGACGGAUUCUUAAAUGGCCGGCGAAAUCUAGAGACAAGUUACCGUAAGUCAAUCGAGUUCCCAUACGGCACAGAAAUAUUACAGCAACAUUGCAGAAAUAUUUCUUUGCAAGAUUGCAACAUUGCAGAAAUGUUGCAAAAUAUUGCUGCAACGUUGCUGCAAUAUUGUAGCAACGGUAAAAUGUCCGCUUGUAGAAAUAUUGCAAUGCAAUAUUGCAGCAAUGUUACGGUGCAACGUAUUUGUAAUAUUAAAACGCGUUUUGUUACAAAUGCAGACACCGUUUUAAAUUUAA